AUCGGCUUGGGGGUCCUACGAAACCGCUCAUAUCAGAUCGCUAUAUCUGGUCGGCCACUUCCCAGCAACUCCAACUACAUAACCGAAGAUGGUUUUCAACAGGUUUGUCGAAGUUGGACGUGUCGUCCUUCUCACUUACGGCCCUGAUGCCGGCAAGUUGGCCGUUGUGGUCGACAUUGUGGACCACUCCCGUGUGCUCGUCGACGGACCCACGACCGACGUCUCCCGCCAGGUCGUCUCCUUCAAGCGCGCCACCCUGACCGACUUGAAGAUCGCCAUUCCUCGCACCAUCGGUACCCCCGCCCUCAAGGCUGCCAUUGAGAAGCAGGAGUUGGUUGCCAAGUGGAACAAGACCGCUUGGGCUCAGAAGAUUGCCAGGCGUACGGCCCGCGCGGAGACGUCGGACUUUGACCGCUUCAAGCUGAUGAUUGCCCGCAAGCAGCGCCGCUCAACGGUCGGAAAGGCCGCCGCCAAGCUGAGGAAGGCCGCUGCCAAGUAAAGAACCCUAAAGCAGUGUUCCGACCACACCCACUACUUUAUUCUUUACCCCCACACACACCAUAUCCGCCGUCCACACACCCCUCAGCGCUAUUCCGCAGCUUGUACAGAAUGAGAAUACCAACCUCUGAUUGUGUUCAGCAGCGACGUGGCCUCUUUUUGUCCCUUUUGUACACAUCGUUCGACUUGGAAUCAGAUCAAUUCACAGAAAA